UAUUACAAAAGUCGAAAUGUUGCACUAUAUAGGAACAAAUGGAGUAUUAGUUUACUGUUUAGUCUUUACGCUUCAAGGCUCAAAGGAAAUUAGCAAUGAUGUUUGCAGCUGCUGUCGGAAAACGAGCAAUUUCAACUUUUCCUAGUUUCUGCCAACGGAUUAAGCAAACAGAUAACGAGAUUGUCAAAAUGUUUCUCGUACGAAACCCAGUAUCUGACUCCCAUAGCACUUCACCUAAUCAAAAAAAAUCUGCUCGAAUAUUAGACGAGCGAUUCAUCCGAAUAUUGAAAAUUUUUAAGUGGGGGCCUGAUGCUGAAAAGGCUUUGGAAGUACUUAAGCUAAAGGUGGAUCAUAGAUUGGUGUGCGAAGUUCUUAAAAUAGAUGUUGAUGUAAAUGUCAAGAUUCAGUUCUUUAAGUGGGUAGGAAAAAGGAGGAAUUUUGAGCAUGAUUCUUCCACUUACAUGUCUCUGAUCCAUUGUUUGCUUGAAGCUGGGUCAGUUGGUGAACUGUGGAAGACAAUCCAAGACCUUGUCCGAAGCUCAUGUCUUAUUAGCCCAUCUGAAUUUUCUGAAGUUCUGAGAGUUCUAGGUCAGGCUAAGAUGCUGAACAAAGCAGUCUCAAUAUUCUAUCAGAUUAAACGGCACAAGUGCAAACCAACAUCAAGUACUUAUAAUUUCCUCAUCUCAAUGUUGAUGCAAGAAGGUCACUAUGAAAAGGUGCAUGAGCUUUAUUCCGAGAUGUGUGAUGACGAUAGCUGCUUUCCUGAUACAAUAACAUAUGGUGCUUUGAUACAAGCAUUUGGAAAACUGGGCCGUGAUGAUGCUGCUGUGAGGUUGUUUGAUGAGAUGAAGGAGAAUGGAUUAGUUCCUAACGCAAAGAUCUAUACAACAAUAUUGGCCAUUCAUUUCAAGCUGGGUAAGGCUGAUAAGGCAUUAGAUUUGCUAAAAGAAAUGAAAGAAAAGGGUUGUUCUCUAACUGUAUACACUUACACUGAAUUAAUUAAGGGACUUGGUAAACUUGGCCGAGUGGAUGAGGCUUAUGGCACCUUUUUGAGUAUGCUAAAAGAGGGGUGCAAGCCAGAUGUUGUCUUAAUUAACAACUUAAUAAAUGUUCUGGGCAGGUCUGGUCUUUUGGCUGAGGCCCUUAAGGUUUUUGAAGAUAUGGAAUCUCUGCAGUGUAUCCCGAAUGUGGUCACUUAUAAUACAGUAAUUAAAUGUUUGUUUGAAGCCAAUGCUCCGGCAGCUCAGGCUUCUGCAUUGUUUGAGAAAAUGAAGGCAAUUGGGAUUACCCCUAGCUCGUACACUUACUCCAUUCUGAUUGAUGGCUUUUGCAAGAAGUUUAAAAUUCAGAAGGCUUUGAUGCUUCUUGAAGAGAUGGAUGAGAAAGGUUUCCCUCCUUGUCCAGCAGCAUAUUGCAGUCUGAUUAAUAGCCUUGGAAAAGCAAAACGUUAUGAUGCUGCAAAGGAGCUGUUCCAAGAAUUGAAAGAAACCUGUGGAACCUCAAGUGCUAGAGUAUAUGCAGUAAUGAUCAAACAGUUUGGUAAAAGGGGCUGUCUUGAUGAAGCUGUGGAUCUGUUCAAUGAGAUGAAGAAACUUGGCUGCAGUCCUAACGUUUAUGCCUAUAAUGCACUAAUGUCUGCAUUGGUGAGGGCUGGCAUGAUAAAUGAAGCACAAAUGUUGCUUCAAACUAUGGAAGAAAAUGGCUGUGCACCAGAUACAAACUCACAAAAUAUAAUUUUAAAUGGCGUGGCUCGAACAGGUGGUCCAAAUCAAGCAAUGGAAAUGUUUGAGAAGAUGAAGCACUCAUCCACUAAGCCAGAUGUUGUCUCCUACAAUACAAUGCUUAGUUGUCUUAGUCGUGCCGGUAUGUUUGAGGAGUCUGUAAAGUUGAUGAAAGAUAUGAAUAACAACGGUUUCAAGUAUGACAUGAUUACCUACUCAUCACUACUUGAGGCUGUGGGCAAGAUUGAUGAUGACUCUCUGCCACCAACUUUUUGACAAUAACCAGACUAAUGUGAUGAGCCAUGGAGAUUUUCAGUACCAGAUGAAGUGAGGCUGCAAUACCCUAGGUUCAUUGUGAUAAGAAAACAUCCCUUCUGCAACUCCCUUUCUGGCUUUGACAACCAGGCUAGUUUGCUUUUUCUGAUUUUCUGCUUGUUUUUUAUGUUUCCUAGUGUUCCUAUCUUAUAUCCCUAGCAUCAAACAGAAUAGUCCUUAUUGCAAAUAGAUUGCUGCAGAUCCCAUCAUCCGUCGAGUUAUGCUGCUAUCAUAAGUGAAUCUUCUUUGUUGACAACAAGCCACAAUAUCAAGAUGUUCUUUGGUUGGCAAUAUUUAGUGAUGUCCUUAACCUAGCUCAGAGUGUGCUUUAAUCAAGAAGUAGUAAAGGUGGCAAACUUAUUGUUUGUUGUAGAACUGAACCCAUUUUUGGUGAAGUUUCGGGCUAAUGUCAGCCAUCAUUACUCGAUGAAUGCAAGGGAUGAAUUGAAACCGGAAACACAACUCUAUGAUGUGUGAUAGAGGAUUGGGAAUUUGUCCUGUAAGAUAUAGCUUGUGCAUGGGACAGGUGUCAAAAUAAGCUGAAAUGCUGAGUAUUUAACAUGGAUACUUGAGGUAAAAUGAAGAGUCCAAGUAACAUAAGAGCUGACUAUGAAAUCCUAGAGAGCUCGAAGAGAGGAUGUGGCAGGAGUGGCGUUGACAGCAAUAAUGGCAGAAGUAGGAGCAAAGCGUUUGCUUUCUCUUCUUUUCUUUUGUUCGGUGCUUCUCUGUUUCUGACUGAUUGAUUGCCCUUUGAUUUUGAGGGUAUUGGCAACGUCAGAAACCCCUAAAAGUGCAGCUGCUGCUCAAUCUGGCCUGAUCUUAUGGUUUGGGAAGAUAGUUAAGGAGAGCUUCACACUAGCUUUCGGUAAAAUUUAUAACAGAUUGUUUUGCACCUUGACUCAGCAAAAGUAACAGGAUCUUCGGAGGUGAGAAAAACAUCAGGCCAUCAAAAAAUUAGGGUAUACUGAGCUUGAAAUUGAAUGGAGUUCAGCUGCUGAUGGCAGGAUCCAUACGGGCCCUUUACUACUCAAAUGCUGUAAUUCGGUCCAUAUGGAGUACUUUGAGCAGUUAUUGCCUUCCUCACCUUGUUUCGUUGAUUUGAUAAUGGAUAUCGAAAAUUAUAUGCUGUGUUUAAAAACGGACUAGGAUUCUCUAUGGCAAUUUUAGCUAUAUAUAUCCUCUCGUUUUUAUCUUUUGCAAGUCAAGUAAUAUACUAUAGAAGUAUAUAUUUUUUAAUAGGUAAAUUGAAAUUCCUUGCAACGGGAAAUUGGAGAUGCCUCUUUUGCAUGGGAUGAGACUCAGAUUACAAGACGUUUGGGUUCGGGAGUAAUGUUAAUACCACUAGAUUAUCAUCAACUGCAUAAGUAAUGUAAUAUAUAUUAACUUGAAUAAAGAACGAAAUCUUAUCUAUAGCCCAGCCCUUCCGACAAGAACAGUUACGCCUUUUCCUAAAGCCUUUACUAACUAAAACUUACUUUGCAAUAGUUUUCCACAUCAAACAUCCAGACCAAUGAGAAGAAGUUUAUUUCACAGUUUUACUUUUUCCUUGAGUCUAUUGUAAAAUCACACCCAAACCCAGUGUUAGUCUCAUGUAGCAAAUAACAAUAACUUAGUCUUGAUUGCAAAAAGAGCAAUGUUAAAUGGCUAAGUUGAUAGGCAUACGGAUUCAGUUACUUAUGAGGUGCCUAAUUUGUUAGGCAUAAUGAUAUACGAUGGUAGAAUCAGAGUAGAACAAAUAAUGACUUUGUUUACACUGAGAGAAUUGAAAUACUUAUAUAACUACUGAAGACUAAGCUUUGCUUGGUGGAGGUGAUGUGAAACUCACCUUGUGGCUUUGAGGUCACAAGUUCGAACCCACUUACUUGUGCUUGGAAGUAGGGAUUUUCUUAAUCCCCUAUUCUCAAGCGCCAACCUGUGCAGCUAGGCUGGCUGAUCUGCAAUAGGUGUUGUUCCAGCAGGGUCCUUCUUCUUAGCAAGGGUUCCCAGUGGAGAACCCCCCCCCCCCUCCCCAAAAAAAAAGGUAUAACUACUGAAGUCAGAAAACCCUGAUCUCGCAACUAUACUGGUAAAAAAGCUCUCUGCAGCUAAGUGGAAACUACUGAAAACAAGCGCAACAACUUCGUUAAUCUAUGAAUCAAAAUAAUGCCAAUUGUACAAACUUUUGAUAAGCUGAAUGCUCGAAUCUGUUACAUUCACCACAGAAGCCACGAUACAACACACAGACGGUCGAGCGAGAGACCGUGUUAUCAUAUUAAUCUUGAUUACAUCUUCCUAAUCUAAAGAUGGAAUUGGCAAAGUAGUUACAGAAUAUGGUACAACAUUUAACAGGCAAUCAAUGAACUACAUUAUUUACUAGUUACAGCUGAAUACUAACUAAUUCUUACAUCUUAUGAUCUUAAUAGUGUCAAUUUAUCCGCUCAGAUUUUCAGCAGAGAGAUCAUUUUCAUCAUCAUCACCUUGCCUUAUUUUCACAAUCUCAGCCUGAGCUCUCUCCAAAAUCUGUCUCCUUUCUGUUUCUAUUUGCUUAUGGAAUUCCAUCCUCAUGUUUUCCAGCUCUACCAUCUGCUCUCUCUUCUUACUUUCAAUCUUCACAUACAUAUCACUGAAUUUCUGCAUAGAAUUUGCAAGCAAUUGGAAAGAAUCGUCAACUCUUCUUCCUCUUUUCCUCUUUCCCUUGGUUGGAGGAAGUCCAUCUGAAUCAUCCUUCUCAUUUCUCCGCGACUCUGAAUUCUCCGGACUAUCUCUCAUCUCAUCCAAUCCAUUUGCACGGUUCAAGUAAGUGUUAGGGUUCAUAAAAACAUACUCCCCUGAGUCGAUUCCACAUGAAAGACCAGUAUGCUGCUGUGAAGGAGAAGAAAGCAACGUAUCCAUCUUUCUGUAGAAAACCCACUUGCUACUGCUACUGCCACUUCUACGGGCUGCCAAUCUCAUAUUUUCUUUCUUAUACUUCUUCUUCAACGUAGCCAAUCGAUUUCGACACUGAGCAUCAGUUCUUUCAAUUUUAGUCUGAUGUGAUACCUUCUCUGCAACCUCUUGCCAUUCCUCGGCACGAAGAUUCUUCCUUCCUAGUCUAAGAAACCGCUCUCCCCAUGCAUCUAAUAACGCAGAUGUCUCUCUCUCAGUCCAAUCUCCCACACACAGCGUCCCACACGAUAAUGGCUGAGUUACCUUAGCUUUCUGAACAUGUGGGUUGGGUACACGCGGAGCAAACUCAUAAUUCGAUAUUAGGGUUCUUAACUUUCGCUUCUUUUGAGGCCUUCCAUUGCCAAUAUCCUCCUUUUCAUUAAAUUGUUCACCAUCACCUUGGUCACCAUCAUCCUCCUCUUCCUCAUCAUCAUCAGUAACCUCAUCAUCCUCUUCCUCAUCAUCAUCAAAGGUAUCUUUGCCUAUCAUUAUAACUCCAUUCGUUUCGACUUCUUCCUCCCCCGUUUCAUCAUCUAAAUCUUCCUCCGUUCCACCAGUAAAUUGAUUACUUUCCCUAGGGUACCUUGAAUCAUAAUCUUGUUGAUACGACGAAUUUCGAGGAUAUCUUGUAUCAUUCUCCUUAUCAUCCAUUCUCAAUUAAUGCAGCAAAACUUACAAGAAUUCUCAAGUUAAAAACUUGGAAAUAUCCCAAACAUCAUAAAUGUAUCACUGAUAGCAUCUUAAUGGAAUUGCAAUUCCAACCCCAAAAACACCCAAAAUUCACAACUCACAACAGCUCAUAUUGCAACUAACUUUUAAUUUUGCACCAAAUUUCCAUAAUCGCACAACAACAAUAUUUUCCAAGAAAGAAAAUUUCUCAUUAAAGUAAUGAAAUCUGCUCAAAAUUACCAGUGAAUAGUUCAUGCAAUCCAAAACCCAUCAUUAAUGUAUAAAAGAAAUCUAAAAUAAACAACAAAAACCUUAAA